UUCUCUCUGAAAUCAAAAUCAGCAUGGAAACCCUAACAACCUCCUCCUCCUCCUCCUCCUCGCCCCCCUUCUCCCUCUUCUCUCCCCGUAAAUCCGUCUCCUUCAGACCCUUCCACCUCCCACUCGCUUCCAAAGGUAACGAAAAUGGCUCCAAUCCCCCUCAGUCCGAUUCCAAAGAUAUUAACAACCUUCCGGUUCUCACUAAUCGCCACCUUUCUCUUUCCCCACUCUCUAAGGAUGCGGCAAUGGGAUUGGUGAUGGGUGCGGCAACAGGAAGAGGGUGGACUACUGGUUCUGGGAUGGAAGGGCCUCCUGCUCCUGCUGGGAUUGGCUCCCAAUCAAGCACCGAGAAUGUCUCCACAUUUCCUUGGUCUCUCUUCACAAAGUCGCCUCGCCGUAGAAUGCUCGUAGCUUUCACUUGCAACAUUUGUGGGCAGCGGACAACUCGGGCAAUCAAUCCCCAUGCAUUCACUGAUGGCACUGUUUUUGUGCAGUGUUGUGGAUGCAAUGCUUUCCAUAAGCUCGUAGAUAAUUUGAACCUGUUUCAUGAGAUGAAGUGCUAUGUGAGUCCUGGCUUUGAUUACAAAGGUAAUGGAUGGAAUGCUGUUAACUUCAAAUAUCUGGACGUGGAAGAUGUUGAUGAUAAUGAUGAAAUAUUUCCCUUCCAAUGAGGUGGAUGGACCGCUUAUCAUGUAUGUAUAUUCUACACUGAUGUAUUGGGAUAUCUAGCUUAGUUGUCUUGUAUAUUUCACUAUCUUGUUACAUUUUAAUAUUUAGUAUGGGAAUAUAUGGGUUAUUUACCGCUUAGAUGUGUGAAUGGCGAAACAGUACAUUUCAAAUAAUUUCUAUUUAGAGCUUAUGUA